UAAGCUAUAUCGGACGCUGCUGUAUUUUUAUAAAGUCUCUUUAACAUUGAUGGUUAAAUAAAGUGUUCAGGAUAUUUGUUUAUUUAUUUAUAUUCGGAAUAACAAGGAGUGAGAGGCGCAUUUUGCUUGAAAGAAACAUACAUUGUCAAAGUAGGAAUAGUUAAAAAAAAACUGCACUUACUUAGUAAAAACGAAGCUUCAUAAGAGCUGUACAUUCCGGAUAUCGUGUUUUGUUUUCGGAUAUAAGUGAAUUUUGAUUAUACAAUUGGAAUCUAGUUUAUGUGUUAAAGGAUUUUUCUUUCAUGUUGUGUUUGGUCGUCUUGUAUCUUCAUGUUUUGAGUGAUAUUUAGAGGAACAACAUUUCAUACUUUAAAGUCAAUAUUUACUCCAAUCACUUGUCGUGUUAUUUGAAAGUGUUUACAUUUAGUUUUUCAAUAAAUCGGGAUUUUCAGAAAGAUAGAAUUGCCGGAAAAAAAUAUUGUUUACAAGUCCAUAUAUCAUCUUCAAGUUUGACAUUUCAAUUGGUUUUGAGCGUCAUUGAUGGUUAAUUUGAUGAACAAAUUAGUUUAGAUACUUAUGUCUGAAAGUGUUUGUUAUGAACACAUCAAUGAGCGAAACAUUCAAUAUUCAUCAAAGGUUAAUGACUCGUAUUAGCGUUGAAAUUGAAAAGCUAAAUUGGUUUGGAGAUCAGUAAAAAGUCAAUUUUGUAUCAAAUCUGUGUUCUUGAGCCUAUUAAAUUUUAAAAUUUGUGCAAUUACGUGUUACAGGAUACAAUAUGAAGUCGAAUUAAGGUACGUUUGACAAAAACACAGUGAAUACGCUUUGGCAGUUUGAAUGAAUUAUUUUAAUAGACCUGCGUUUGCAGUUUUUAUGGAUCUGUUAUAUAUUGUGGAGUAUUAAAUGCACGAUAAACAUAUACUGUAAGUCGUUUUGAUUGAAACACACCGCAAAUUGGAAUUAACAUAUUGUCGUUGUCGGACUACUUCAGAAAGAAAUUGGCGGCUGCCAUUAAAUUUGUUAAACUUUCAGUUAAAGGGUGAUAUGGCAAUAAACUUGCAAUGCAGCCGUAGUUAAUAAGCGGAGUUACCCGCAACUAUACUGGAAGUUGAUGGCAUUGAGUGUCAGAUAUUUGGAUGGUAUGUAACUAGUUAACGCGGAAUACCGGACGUAGAAUCGUACGCUUCAAAUACACAAUAGGAAGAAUUCAAAAGCCGGCGAUACAAUGGUGCUGCUCAACCUAAGCGCGUCCUUGAAGUCGCUGCCACUUCCGUUUGGACGAAACCCCAAGCGAAAUCGGAGUUCUACAGAUCCAUGCGAUACCCAGCAGCAAAACGGUUUGUGUAACUUCCUGUCUGCCAGCAUGGGAGCGGCCUCGAGUCAGCGGCCAGAUCGGAACCGCAAACGAUCGGCACAGUCGACGCCCGUUAGUUCCGUGAGUGAAAAUAAUGACUGCGCUCAAAGUGCAUCAAGUCUGACAGAAGCAUUGCGCAAUUAUUCUAUUCUCGGUGCACACGACCUGAAAAAUGCCGACAAUGAAGGUUUUAACAUUCUACCGAAUAAAUUCAAUCCUCUACAGUCGGCUACUUUACCGCGUAACGGAUGCCCGCGUUUGAAUCACAUAAACGGAAGUGUUGAAAAGUUUGAUUCGGAAGUGCCUGCAUCUGUUCGUGUUCCGAAAAGAUCAAUGUCCACGAUUGAACGUCCACGAGGGUUACGUCGGAAACUGAUCAUAAACCCUACAUGGAAAGCUGUACCUAGUCGAGAGGUUCGAAGGGCUCGGUCUUUUAACGUUCAUUCUGACGCCAUGUCGACAGAGGGUGACGUCAACGGAACAGCGUCACCGACAGCGUCGCCGACGUUACGUAAGCGCCACAAGCCGCUUGUGGUGAAACGGAUCCCCACCAAGGAGCUUGUUGCCAAACAGACUCUUGCCGGAUACGUGGAAAGAAAAGGCGUCAGUAUGCAAUGGAUGAGGUAUUGGUUCGUACUUCACGAGGGAACCUUGUUCUGUUAUCUGACGUCAACAGAUGACGUCACAGUGGAUGUGCUCAAUCUGAAUGGUUACAGCGUGACAUCACUUGUCGACAAGUUCCGGGGCAAGAGAUUCGUUUUACAGCUGUCCCAUGAGCACUUCACGCCCCUGCAGCUUUCCCUGGAGACCCGCGAGGAGAUGGAGGAAUGGGAAGCGUGCCUUGGCGAGGCCACCAAACAGCCAUCUAGCCGGGUACCGGUGGGCGGACCUGACAGUCCUACUGGCGCAUGCGCAGACUGCGAGGGAGUCAGAGAGGAUGAAGUGGACGAGCGGAGGAAGCAGGUGAAGCAGAAACUUCUGGAGGAAGUGCUUAGGCAGAAAUACGAGCUUGAGCGCAAACAGGCCGAGCGGCUCAGGAAACAAGGCCGAGGAGCGCCGGAAUCCCCCGACAGAGCUAGCACACCCGACAUGCUUACGGACGACCAACGGACAAGCGACGUUACACGACUUCGUCAACGUCGAAUGUCGACACAGCUUAAGGUGGAUACCUUGUCAAAGCAGAUAGAGAAGCCUUCAAGCGCCAAACGCAGCAUAUUCAGCUUCGGAAAGACCAAAAAGUUGGACGAGAAUAAAAACAACGUGUUUCUUCAAGAUCAACUGAAGGAAUUAAAUGAAAAACUACACAAGAUAGACACUGAUCUAAGUCAGGUGGAAAGUGAAACGAAAUUCACGGACGUGAAUCAGAACAAAAAGAGCAACUAUUCAGGGAAUAUGACGUCACAGCUCAUGACGUCAGAACGUACACACGAUAGUGACGAAGAUGACGGUGUCCGUUCGAAAACAUUGAAAUCAGCGGUACAUAAAUGGACGGCAAAAACUUUCUCAGUGAAACGGAAACAAUCUUCCACAUCGAAGCAUUCUGUGAACGGAAGUUUACCCAAUCUUAGCUCCACACAAAACGGUGACGUAGACAGUUGUGGUGAUCAGGAAUCAGAAAGUGAUAACACUUCAGAAGACUUCCUACAAGAAAGUGUUACGGACCUCACGCGUCCGCUCGCCGAUCUUAAACUCAAUCUAGAUUUACCUCUGACGUCAUCGCAAGCUAAAAAUAACGGUUCGGAAUCCCCAUCUCCUUUGGGACCGUAUAAUCGUAGCGGAAGCAGAACGACGUUGUCAUCCACUUUGUCAUCGCCGAGGCGUGAAAUCGACCCAUCGGUGUUAGCGGAGAUAGACGCAUUCGAGGAGCUUACGAAGCAGGUGUUGGGCGCACGAUCGAAAGACGUGGCAGUAGCAAAAUGAAAGUAACUCGGGCAUACGGACCCACAAGUGACUCUACAUCGCACUUCUUUUUUGAUAUAUCAGACUUUAUACGGACAAGAACCAAUCUGCUUGGCGUGCAUCAUUGUAUUUACUAAAAUUGAGCAGCGUCAUGCGAGAAUGGCUCGUACGCCGUAUGCGGCCAGCGAAGGUGCAGACCAGCUAACGCGAUUUUGUACGACAGAUAUGAAUGUGGAACUCGUCUAUACACAUCUGAACGGCAAUAAUAAAAUACGGACAAUAGUGUUUAAUGAAUUGCUACACUUUGGGGGAUUGGGGCCAGGGCCCUUAGAGGGGGGGGGGGGGGGGAGUCUUC